AUGUGGCGCAAGUCUCAUGCUUGCAAUGAGUGUAAGCGCCGCAAGGUGCGGUGCUCUGGAGGUGCAAGAUGCUCCAACUGCACUCGAGAUAGAAAGGAAUGCAAGUAUAACUCGGCCCUACAAACGCUUACAGCACUUCAAAGGCCAGUUUUAUCGCUCUGGCUAACGGAAAACCUGAUAGCAUCUAUUGAAAAGGCAUGGGCUAUUCACUUGCCAGACGUCAAGAUGCAAGAUGCCAUUCGGCAACUAGAAUCAGAAAGCGCAGAUGUACCUCGCCAUGAGACUCCUGUUGCCCUUCCAGGGCCUCCAGAGAUGUCAUACAGGCCGACGGCAAACGAACACCUAGCUGACGCGAGUCCCGCGGAAUAUAGCAACGCAGAAGACUAUGAGUUUGAUGAAUCGCAGGAUUUUGACAACUCCACUGACGGCAUGGGAUCUCUUAUUACGGAACCCGGAAAGGUCGGCUAUACCGGCCCUCAGUCUGGCGUUGCAGCCUUGAAGUUCCUCCAAACACUACACCUGUACAUCCCCGCCGAUUGCGGAAGACCGCUUCCAUUGGAUGAGCCUGAUACGCGCAGCACAGCAGAAGCAUCAUCCGCCGAUGUCUCGCGCUACAUAACGGAUUAUUUUACCAUGUAUCAUACUGCUUAUCCUAUUCUUCAUGAGGGGACCUUCCGUGCUCGUGUUUCAGGUGCGUUGGCCAAACCACGAGAUGGCUCAUGGCCGCUGUUGUAUAACAUUGUUAUCGCCAUGGGAGCCUUUGUUGGCGAAACUGAUGGGUCAAAUGCGGACGUCCCUUUCUACAAGAAAGCCCGCCAAAGCCUGACUAUGGAUAUCCUGGAGAAAGGAUCACUCAGCUAUGUUCAAGGUCUAGUGCUAAUGGCCAAUUACCUGCAAAAGCGUAACAAGCCCAAUUCUGGGUUCGUUCUCAUCGGGAUUGGUUUCAGUAUGGCACUUGCGAUAGGCCUCCAUCGCGAAUUUGGCUUGCCGAGCUCGAGCCCAUUUACCAUGGAGCUCCGUCGAAGGGCAUGGUGGACUUUGUUUAUCUUCGUGUCUGGGGCACAACUCACUCUCGGAAGACCACCCGUCUCCCUCGUUGGCGUCAAUGUUCGACCCCCAUCCAAUCUGGACGACCAGGACCUUGCUGUGGAUAUGGAACGAUUGCCGGAUCCGAAAGAAGGCCCGACCAUGACAUCUUGUCUGAUCCAUCAGAUCAAGCUGGCAAAAAUCGCCAACAUGGUUCAGGUCGAGCUGCUUACCCACCAAAUACCGAGUCACAACAGAGCGACUACACUAGGCCAGAAUAUCGCGAAAUGGCGCCAAGAUCUGCCCUCCUGUUUCGAUGAGCAACUGACACUGGAAACAUGGUUCGAAAUCCCAAAGCGAAUCCUCAUAUGGCGGUCUUUCCACCUCCGCAUUAUUCUCAAUAGACCGAUCCUGUUCAAGACCAUUACGGCAAGAGAAAAGCUCGAGACAACGAUUGGGCCGAUAUCCGCGUGUCUUGCAGCGGCUGACGAGUGCGUGGAUUCCAUAUGCGGCUACCUCGAAGGUCGGAUUGAGCAUCCACGAGGUUUGGCAUGGUAUGCUACGUAUUGGCUCAUCACAGCCAGUUUUGUGCAGGCGACUUGCUACAUGUAUGAUCCUGCACAUACUCUCGCGCCGGCGUGGAGACGUCACUUGAAACGGGCUGUGGAUUGCUUGUCAAACUUGGGGGCCACGCAUGGCAUGGCCUUACGGGCUCAGGACAUCCUUAGGAAGUUGCUUGCCAAUGGUUUACAAGGAGUCUCGCUGAAUGCAUGGGACCCUACUGCUCAGGGUCCAUCUCCCUCCCACAAUUCGGCUGUUCAAGACCAGACAGACACGAUUUUCUUCGGAGAAGGGGGCAUGUCAUUUCCUUGGUAUGCCCAAGGCUCAUCAGAUGCGGAACUGCUUGACGCAACUGGAGGAAUCAUGCUACAGGGAAGCUCGGAUGUUCGGGGACCGUACUUUGAGUGCGGAUCUUGGAUGCCUGCAUAA